UCUGCCCUAACCAACAAUUGUCUCUCAGUUUCUCAUUUCAUGGCCGCUCCAUUAUCUUCGAUCCAUUCUUGUUCGGUUCUUGGGCCCAAGUUUAGCCAAUCCCGAGUUGCUGAAACAAUGGAAGAUGCCUCCAAUUCCUUCACAAUAAGCCCAAAAAGACUGGAAGAGCUGGUUCAAGACAACAACAUCACUGAAAUUGUUGCUGCUUUAGACACCAACAUUGAUUCUGGAAUAUCUGGAACCUCUGCAGACCUCAUCCGAAGAACCCUAGUAUUCGGAUCCAACACUUUGGAAUAUCGGUCUUCUCUUGUCGACGCCAAAGGAUUCCACCAACUCAUUCUCGAAGCUCUCAAAGAUUCACCAGUCAUCCUCUUGCUGUGCUGUGCAGCGCUCUCUACUGUGAUUGGGAUCAAAAGGAAUGGGCUUCGAGAAGGGUUUCUUGAUGGGGCCAUCGUACUUCUUCCCAUAUUCAUAGCGGUCAACUUUGGGGCCAUUUUAAGGUUUGCGAAGGCUAGAAGGACGAGGAGGUUGCCCAGGAAAGCGAAAAAAAUUGUGAAGAUUUUUAGAAGUGGGAAAGUUCAUCUGCUACCAGUUCCUGAAGUGGUAGUUGGUGAUGUAAUAUGUCUGGAGCCCGGCGAUUGUGUCCCGGCCGACGGGCUGCUGAUCGACGCCUGCGAUUCUUUAAAGCUGGAUGAUGAUCGGUGUGAUGGGUACCGGAAUCAGCCAACUUUGUUCGCGGGUGCAAAGGUGGUGGAAGGGAACUGCCGGAUGCUGGUGACAUCAGUUGGGAAGAACACAGAAAAGAGCAAGCUGACAAAAUCACAGAGUUUUGGCCACCAAAACGAGCCAUCCAAACUGGAGAUUUCCAUUCGGAAGAUGAACUCUCGCUUGGAAAUGGUCUGGUUGAUUGCCUUACUGCUUUAUCUCGCAGUGCAAGCGAUGAAAUGCUUUGUCUGUGGAUCUAUCGAAUGCGAUAAAGAUCAUAAUCCCGAUCCCAUAGGGGUGAAGGACACAGUCGAGGAGAUAAUGGAGGAGUUCACAAAACUAAUGAUGAAGCAAGGGUUCAGGUUUUAUCGCUUGGUUGCAAUGAUUUGCUUAUUGAUCUUUUCUUCGAGAGAUGGGUUGCCUUGGGGAAUCUCUCUCUCUCUAGCUUAUGCAGCAGGUAAACUAAUGGAGCUGUAUCAAGCCAAAGUCCAAAAAGUUGCAGCCUCUGCAACACUGGGCUUGAUCACCACCAUUUUCUUGGGAAAAACCAGCGAUUUAGUGAACUUGAAUAUGAAAGCAUGUAAAGAAUAUGGCAUAGAUAUCAAGCUGGUUGUAGAUGAUGAUCUGAACACUGAAACUUUCAUGGCCAACAAGUCUCGAAUUCACAUGGAAUACGGAAUAGUGAUUGAAAGAGCUUCAGAAUUUCGAAACCUCUCCCAAAAAGACCAAUUAAACAUGGCAGAUCGGAUCCAUGUAAUGGCCGGCUCCUCCCCGUCCGAUAAGCUGCUGUUGUUGCAGCGCCUAAAGAAGAAAGGCCAAAUCGUUGCUGUUGCCGGAGCCUCUUCGAGGGACUCUCCGGUGCUUGAAGAAGCAGAUUUAGGGUUUUCAGUGGAUGAAAAUGUUGGAGAAUUGGCCAAGGAGGCCUCGGAUGUCAUCAUAAUGGGCCAGAAAUCUGUCACUGAUAUCUUCCCCAUUUUAGGGUUUGGAAGGUGUGUCUGCAACAACAUCCAAAAGUUUGUGCAGUUGCAGCUCACUCUCAAUAUUUCUUCCUUCACCAUAAACUACAUUCUCCUACUUUCCAACAUGCGGGAGCCAAUUGGGCUUUUGGAGCUCUUGUGGGUUAACCUAAUUAUGGACAUUUUUGGUGCCUUGGCUCUAGCACAGCCACCAGCAAUUACAGAGAUUGCAAUGGACCCACCAAAAUUUGGUGAAAAAGGAUUUCAAUAUUUAACCAAGAGGGUGUGGAGAAACAUAGUUGUUCAAGCUUGCUACCAAAUCGCUGUUGUAUUGAUCCUUUACUUUAAGGGGAAAUGGAUUCUGGGCACAAAUCAAAAGGUCUUGGAAGCCAUGAUCUUCAAUUGUUACGUGAGUUGCCAGGUCAUGGUGUUGAUCAAUGCUAGAGGAAUCCAAUAUGGAAGAAUGGAGAAUAACAUGUUUUGGGUCCUUCUUGCGGCCAUUGUUAUCCUGCAAAUAGCAUUCAUGGAGAUUAUGCCAGUUUUCUCUCAUAUGGGAAGGCUGGAUCUCAAACAAUGGGCCCUAUGUGUGGGAAUUGCAGGGUUCUCUUUCCCCCUUGGACGGGUUGCCAAAUAGAAGGCUUCAUCAUCUGCAGCAGAUGAUGACGUACAAUGACGAUGUGGGUUUCUAAAUAUAAUAUGUAUAUGACCAUCCAUGGGAUCUUUCGUGAUGCACCUUUGUAAUUAUAGGUAAAGAAGUCCAAUUAGUUAUAGGUAAAGAAGUCCAGAUGAUAAUGUGAAAAGUCUAUUUAAAAGCUAGUGCAUGCCAUAGAUAGAUGAUGAUGAUGAUGAUGAUAUAGGGUUUCCAAAUAUGAUAUGUACUGAACCAUGCAUGUCAUCUUUCUUCCCUUUGUCAUUAUGGAUAUAUAAUGUAAGUCUAUAUGAUGUUGUGUAAUAUUAUUUUAGAGAUGAUAGUGAUGAAGAUAUAGGGUUUUCAAAUAUGAUAUGCACAAACCAUGCAUUUGAAUGUCUACUUACCUCUGUAAU